GAUAUUUCAAAAGCACGAUUUUCAAAAUGAAGACGUUCUCCACCCUCUCCGCUUUGGCCAUUUUGGCAAGCUCUGUCUCCGCUAAAACCGUCUUCUCUGAACUCGGUGUUAAUGGUGUGGAUCUUGGUCACGGUGUCGCUGUCCGAGUACCUUCUACGAACACGGGCAUCACUGACAUUACUUCCAACAACCUCAUUUGCAACACUAACUUUGUCCAACCUGUCUCCAGCGUUGUUGCCACCGUUCCCGCCGGGAGCACAGUGACCGCUCACUUCCACCAUCUUUCUGCUGGUUACGUUGGACCCGAUCCCUCUGAACCUCUUGAUCCUACCAACAAGGGCCCAGUCCUUGCGUACCUCGCUCGAGUCCCCGAUGCGACUCAGUCCACUGUAACCGGUCUCCAGUGGUUCAAGAUCUGGCAAGACGGUCUCGACAGCACUACUCAUCAAUGGGGUUCAGACAAACUGUUCAUCAAUAAGGGUAACGCUACCUUCACCAUCCCUUCUUGUCUUCAAGCCGGCCAGUACUUGCUCCGUGUUGAGUCCAUCUCACUCUUGGACGCUUCCUCUUACCCUGGUGCACAGUUCUACAUGAGCUGCGCUCAAAUCAACAUUACCGGUGGUAACAAGGUCCAGCCCGUUGGUGUUGCCUUCCCCGGUGCCUACAAGUCUACCGACCCUGGCAUUGUUACUAACAUCUACGGCACUGUGUCAUACACCCCUCCUGGUCCCGCCGUCUUCUCUUGCUGACCGCCAAAUUAGGUGGCCCGGGGAUGUUGAGGGUGAUAUCGUGUUCGCAUCUUGGGAAAAGUCACUCAGAGGAUAUAAUUUCUGGCCAUAACGAGGUAUCGCAAACAAUAAAUACACGCGACUUUC